AUGCGCCAAGAGCUGAAGAAUGUUCUGAUGUCACGGCGCUUUGUUCCCUUGGCGAUGGAGCUCUCUAACCGUUGGAGAGUGGGCAGAACACUUUCGCAUAUACAACUCACCAUGUUUCGCCUCUACCUCACGCUGUCAAGCAUCUAUUUCUGUCGGAACAUCUGCUUCGCACAGAUAAUAACCGAUCAAGUCAUCGACUACCCCAACCCAACCGGCUUGACUCUCGAAAUCGAUGACCCUGAACUCGCGCCGGAAACUGGCUAUGGAUCAAGCUCCAGUCUCUUAAUCAGAUUCGACCCAGCACCCAGCGACUUCGCAUGCUUCAACCUCGACGACAUACCCGCAGAUAUAGCAGCAGCCAAAACCUCCGGGAGCAGUCUCAAUGCCACCCUGUCAGAAAGAGGUACCUACAAUUCACGUGCCAAUUACUCUCUGAUAUCGUUCCACCAAGGCAGCCCGGCAGAUGAUAAAGACUUUAAGAAAGGUGUUGGCGUGUCAGUACUACAGAUGUAUGAUGUCCAAAAUUGUGCAAAUGAGAGCUCUACACCAUACAUCUGGAAUUGCGGAUUUCCUGAUGCAUCUGAAGCAAUAUUUAACGCCGACCGGGUUCCGGAGUUUCUCAAUCAGGAACGCAACAUCAGAAGAAAGGGAAGAGAAAUGCGUUCGAGCUGGCAUAGAGAAAGGCACGCCUUGGAGAGGGAUAUCCAACGAAUUGACAGCAUCACAACGCCUGUCGCCCCUCCUCAUCAUAAUCGCCGCAGCCUUGGUCCUCCUACAAAUCAUCUGAUCAAACAUCAAUCAGCAUCAUUCGACCCAGCUAUCCACCAAUUCUCUCUCAUCUCACCUCAACGCCCCCGGUAA